AUGAUAGCCGCUUCUUUCUAUUCGACUGUUUUACAGCAUAAUACAACGGAGAGCUGUUUACCAAAAAAUCUAAAAUAUACAACUGCUAUACCAGUGUUAUCAUUCCAUAUAAUCAGUUGUAUAUUCCUAUCAACCUAUUGGAUAUUUCGUCCAUAUCAUUUCAUUGAUGAAUGGAUUGGAAAUUUUAUCAAUACAAUGAUUGGUUUAGUUUUAUGGGUACAAUUAGCAACAAAAGAUGAAUCAAACGAUUCCUCCUUGUAUUAUGAUGUAACAUUAAUUAUGCUUAAUUUAAUAAGAGCUCUAAUUUUUGCUGUUUAUCAAAUAUUCUUCAAAUAUAGCACAUUAGGAUAUUAUUAUCGAUUUUUAGGAUUUUGUGUAUUAUACUGUUGUAAAAGACACUCUCGUAAACUACAUCGAGAUUAUAUGGGGAGUGAAAGAAAUUUAUCGAUACAAUCCUAUCAGGAUAUGAUGUAUACACCGAGUAAAUAUUGGAAAAGAUCAUCGGUCUAUCCGUACCUGAAUGAAAUAAAGUCACAGUGA